GUUUUAAUUUAGCUUUGCUCAUAACGCAACCAUGGAGCUCUUGCUGUGAAAAGCUAGGGUUUUGUGGUUUCGAUAUCUGAUCCCCUCUCUCGGAAAUCAGUUGAAUAUCAAUUGUUAUAGCAACGAAUUGAAAUGGCUUCUUCUGAGAAUUCAUUCCAAGUCUCUCCUGAGACAGAGAAAUUCUUAUGUGACAGAUUGUUGGACCAAAACCAACCGAUUUCGGAGCGUUUUAGAGCCCUCUUCUCUCUCCGCAAUCUCCGAGGCCCUGCUCCUCGCAACGCUCUCAUUCUUGCAACAAGGGAUUCUUCAAAUCUACUAGCACAUGAGGCUGCGUUUGCAUUGGGUCAAAUGCAAGAUGCGGAUGCUAUCCCUGCUCUAGAAUUGGUUCUUAAGGACCUUUCUUUGCAUCCCAUUGUUCGCCAUGAGGCUGCAGAAGCUCUUGGUGCAAUUGGUGUGGAGAGUAAUAUUCCUCUUCUAAAGAACUAUUUGGUUUCAGAUCCAGCUCAGGAAGUGCGAGAAACAUGUGAAUUGGCUCUCAGUCGAAUCAAGGAGCUUAAGAAUGUUGGAGAAAUUGAUGGUUCUUCACCCUUUUUGUCGGUUGAUCCAGCUGCACCUGCUUCUUGUUCUUCUGUUCAUGAACUCAGGGAAGUUCUUUUGAAUGAAGAAAAGGGCAUGUAUGAACGGUAUGCAGCUCUUUUUGCACUUCGAAACCAAGGGGGAGAUGAAGCUGCCACUGCUAUCAUCCAAUCUUUAGGUUCAAAGAGUGCUCUCCUGAAACAUGAGGUUGCUUAUGUCUUGGGCCAAUUGCAAAACAAAAUUGCAUCAGACGCACUUUCUAGGAUACUUAGGGAUGUGAAUGAGCACCCAAUGGUCAGACAUGAAGCAGCUGAAGCUCUUGGUUCUAUUGCAGAUGACCGGUGUGUAGCACUUCUUGAGGAGUUUGCAAAGGAUCCUGAGCCUAUUGUGUCCCAGAGCUGUGAUGUUGCUCUCAGCAUGCUAGAAUUUGAGAGAUCUGGCAAAUCAUUUGAGUACCUCUUCAUGCAGACACCUCAACUGCAGCAAGCCUCAUGCUAAAUCAUUUCAAUUCUCUGGUGCUCCAAGAUAUUCAACACUACUGUGUGUGCCACUAUACUGAUGUGUGGUCUAGAUUUUGCAAGCAUCAAGUGUAGUAUCCACGAAAUACACAAGCUCAUCAAGUCCAAUUUUGAAGUUAGCCUCUAGAACAAACCUGGGAAAAAAGGUUUACAUUUACAAGCCUUCAUUAUCAGCCCCCCCCCCCCCCCCCCCCAAACUUUUUCUCUCGCUCCUCUUCUCCUUUUGUUUGCGCUAACCAGAAGGUAUCUGUGCAAUUAUAGGAUGUAGACCCCCAUCCCACUUGCACUAGGUACUUGCAUGGUGGAUACCAUUGGGUUUUAUGUCGGGGAGCCAAAGUUAUUUUGUUGUAUUAUAAAAUAAGAGCAAAGUUAUAACUUAGUUUGUUGAAAUUUUGGUAAAUUGAGAUUAUUGGAAUUAAUCUCAAUUUGCAUUUGAUUUCCUUGACACAUAACUGUCCUUCAAUUAUAGUCUAACUUUCAAAUGAAUUAGGAUUCA